AUAACGCGGCAAUUUCUCUUUUAACAUAAAUGUCAUGUAGAUUAAUUGUAUGCUUGAAAACGACACCAAUAAUGUCGGUUCUUCAAUAGGCUACCGAAUGUAAUAAUUGUGUUCGUGAUUAUACGCAAAAAAUAAACUUAAUGUCCAAACCAUCGCCUAUAUAGUGCUAGUAACCAAAUGACAAGUAAUAUUUCAAUUUGAAAUGUUUAUGCAAUUGUAGGCCAAUUGUAGGCCGUUCGUGAAUAUCUGCCAUUCGAGGCUUGUUUUAAGUUGCCUGCGACCUGUUUAAAGACACAGGCAGCUAAAGCAAGUCUUGGACGCCAGAGACAGAUCAACUUAACACAGAACAGCGGCCAUAGGCUACAGGAUGAGCAGAGAAAGGGAAGCCUGAAGGAAGCCUGCUUUAUAACACAGCACAACGAGAUAUAGGCCUUGGAGUUACAUUUUGUAACAGGUUACAGGGCUACGGUUGGGUUUGUUCUAUUUGACUGCAAAACACCACUGAUUCAAAUGUACAUCUGUUCAAUAAAAAAAUCUAAAUAUUCAGUCCAUGUCAUUACUUUGUCAAUAUAUAGGCCUAAUGUUUUGGAAUAAUGUUAGGCUAAACCGUCCUUCAUGCACAUUCCUUUACCGUUUCUGAUUUAAAAUGGGUUUUGUGUUUUUCUUACAUCUGUUUUAACCCACGGUGGAUUUGCCUACAGGGAAUUAGGCCUACAAAUGUAUUGAUAGUGGCAGGCACGAUAAUACAUGUCAUUUAGAUAAAACGACUCUUGUCUAAAAUGCGGUCUCUCACCAAGCAUAAGCCUAUAGCUAAUAGGUUAUAUUAAUGACAAUCAGAAAUUGUUUAAAAUGUACAAUAUUAUCACGCUCUAAUAGACCAAUAGCCUUACGCCUACUGACAGAAGGUGAGGGAUAACAUGUUCUUGUUUUCCUCAGAUGCAUUGAAGCGUGCUUUAUAAGGUAAAUAUUCUUUUCCAACAUGAAAUAGGGCUUUCUGUUUGCAAAGAGGUAAAGAGGCGGAAAAGUGCGAGGAUCUGAACUGGUUUCCAUGUCAAACACUUCAAUUCACCAUAGAAACUCAGAUCUUAACGCGGAAACUUUAUUAAACUCUGAUGGUGGAUUGAUAAGGCCGAAUUUCUAUCGGCCUCUUUUUAUUGUGGAGACCGGGCGGGAUGACAGAGGUAAAUUGCUCUUUUAAUUAAAGCAAUGCACCAAAGGAAAUUGCUGUCUGAAUAUUGUCUCAGAGAUGGGGUUUGUGACAGUUGCCUGGAAACUUCAAUCUGUCCCACAUUUAUUCCAGAUCACAGUUAUGAGAUAAAGUUUAAUAAAAAUCUUUCCCCGAAAUGAAAUCCAACCCUUUCUGAGCAAGCAGCCACAAUGAGACAGAACUUCGGAGGAAACCUUAUGUUCAACAUGUAUCUCUCAGAUCCAACAGAUACUCUGUUGAAAGAAGGUAAAGGCACGACUUGGGGUCCUAUAAAUUCAGGAGUACAGAAAGGAAGUGGACAGAUUCAGCUAUGGCAGUUUCUCCUAGAGCUCUUAUCAGACAGCGCGAACAUGACCUGCAUUGCCUGGGAAGGAACAAACGGCGAAUUCAAGUUGAUUGACCCAGACGAGGUUGCACGGAGAUGGGGGGAGCGCAAAAGCAAACCCAACAUGAACUACGACAAAUUGAGCCGUGCGCUCCGCUAUUACUACGACAAGAAUAUAAUGACCAAAGUCCACGGCAAGCGUUACGCUUACAAAUUCGACUUUCACGGCUUGGCACAAGUGUGUCAGCCUUCGUCGACAGAGCAAGCACUGUACAAAUUCCAAAGUAAUUUCGCCCCUAUUCCUUUUUCGGGGAUCUCCAAGCUAAACCUUGUCGCGCCCGGAGUGGGUCCGUCCGGGUUCUCCUACUGGCCGGGUUCCCCACCGACUCUUUACCACAGUCACAAUCUCCAACCACCCGGACCAUUCGGGGCUGUGUCUGCUUCGCACAUCAGCUGUGUUAACAACAUUAACAACUUGAAUAAUAUAAAUACUCACUAUAACUGACUUGCAUCAACCUAUUCUAGACAUAUGGCUUAUAUGGAUGACCGUUCCAUGCGCUACUGUUAUAACCGUCCAGCCAACAAAUUUAUUAUGGGCAUAUAUCUGUGUGAAAAUAAUUAUACCGAAUUGUACACCUAUUUGUAUCAAUUUCUGACUACUGUGAUAUGAACAAAUUAUCUUACCUAAUUAUCCGAGGAAAGGGACAGUAGGCCUAGGCCUAUAAUAUAAACUUAGGCUAUUUUACGUAAGGGACUCUUAGCGCUGUGGUUAAGAACAUGAUCCUUUGUCCUUUUUUACUGUAUAUUAUUUUAAUUAAAUUGCACAAUGUACAUUGCCUGUAUUUUCCACAAGAUGACUGCCUUUCUGUAAAUCUAUCAUUAACAGGUCAUCAGCGCCAUCUGAUGGGUCUUUGGAAGCUAUUGGAAAUAUUUUGAACAGAUUACGUUGCUUUGUGUUAAUGUAUUUACGUUUUUGUUGUUGACCAAUUGAGAUGAAAUUGUUCUAAUUUUGAAAAGGUACAUAAUGCGUUCAUAAAUGCGUGCAUAAAACGUUUACGUCAAUUGUUCAUAUGACAUGCGUGUACAGAUGGCCUAUACUAACCUAAUCAAUGUGGAAUCAAUCCAUUUGGAAUCAAUCCACCUUUUCUCAAAGUGCGCCCAUUUUGUAUCAACACCACACUACCAUUACUCAAUUUCGUUAUGAGAAAUCUUUUUUUCAGAGGCUUUUAUUACAAUUAAAAUGUCAUUUUUA